AAAAACCUUACUUCCUUGAGACAGACACACCCGUUCUAAUUAUAGGAUCUCAAAUCCACAAAUAACUAUCAGGCAGACUAGAUCUAAUGGAGUCGAGUGGUUAGACUACUACUCAUUGAACAUAAACAAAUGCCAGGGACAGUACCAAAACAACAAAAAGCAAGAGCAAAGAAAUUGUGGUUUAUACAAACACGUGACAAAAGUAUUGGCUAUUGGACCCGCGCGUUAAUUUGCGACCCUCAGAGCUUGUGGUGGUAUGUAUCAAACACCAUUGUCACCCAAAAACAUUCAUUGAGACCUCCGAUAUCGACUACCUACUAAUAUUGAUUACUGGAAGUUCGGGAAAUGAAGCAAAUUUUAUAAAUUCCUGUCUAUCAUGUCCGAAUCAAGAUAAAAUUAAGCUAAAAACUGCCAAAUCCCUGAUAAGAAAUCAUUCCCUCUUAACCUAUACUUAUGUGAAUUUCUUCAUGAUUGUCUUUACGUUAAGUUUUCGUGUUUUUUUUUAAAAUAAGCAUUUUCAAUUUUUCAGGUUGGAAAGUCAUUGUAAAAGCGGAAUUGUGAGUAUUGGUUACACGUUACUGUGACAUGAAUGGUGUAAAACGUUCAUUUAAGUUAUCUACAUUCUUAAUUUCUACUGGGAUUCCUUCAUUUGAUGAGUUACUUGGUGGUGGUAUAACUUCAGGAAGUAUAAUUCUUAUUGAGCCAGAUUUUCAUCAAACAUAUGCAAAACUGCUUUUAAAUUUGUUCGUAGCUGAAGGUAUAUUAUCGGGUCAUAGUAUAUUUUAUGGUGCAAAGGAAACAUUUGACAGUUUACUAUCUAAAUUACCAGAUCACAUGACUUCUACAAAUGAGAUCAAAGAAGAAAUUUCAGAUCUUAAAAUUGCUUGGCGUUAUCAAAAUGUCCCAAACGUUAAGAAUGUCAAUUCAUCUGUGUCAAGUUUGGGACAUCAUUUCAAUGUGACCAUGCCUAUGAAUGCAACUGCUCGAAUAUCUGAGAAAAAUGUGUCAACUUUUUAUUUCCAGCCGGAUAGUAAAGAAACAUUGCAUACUAAUCUCUUCAGUUUAAUUCAAAAAUUAAUUAUUUUCCGAUCGAACACAAAAGUGUCUUCAGGUAUACAACGGAUAGUGAUAAACUCAUGCGGCUCUCCUAUGUGGGGUUAUUGCAAAGAUACUCAACAGUUCUACAGGAAUAUGCUUAGUUUCUUUGCUACAUUACGCCUGCUAAUUCAAAACAGUCACUGUACAGUUUUCAUCACGUUACCUACAAUAAAGCUACCGCCUGGUCUAUUGACUCGUCUAUCUCAUUACUGUGAUUAUGUGUUUCGAGUACAAGGUCUGCGUGAUCAGAUACAAGCGAAUCCAGUGUAUUCAGAAUAUGAUGGUCUACUCACAGUUAUUCACAUUCCUUGGUUAAUCAGUGGAAAUACACUUGAACCGGCUUUCAGAUCAGCUACACUUGAAUGGUGUUUCAAGAUAAAGCGACAUCAGCUAGUUGUUCAGCAUUUUCACUUACCACCUUCUCUAUCCGAUACAGUAAAUAGAUCCAAUGCACCGGAAACAGUUCUUACAUGUUCCAAAAUACGUGAAAAUCAGUUAGAUUUUUAAAUUUGCCUACUAUUAUGGAAGACAAAGGAGAAGAAAUAAGCAUACUUAUUGAUUUGUACAUUUUUGUUGAAAUAAAUUCUCAUAUUAAUUCCAUUAUUCUUUCUGAUUGUAGUAUCGUUACUUCGCUUACUUGUAGACUGUUGUGAAUGUACAUGUGUGUAUAUUAUGACUGAACAUUAAUUGAGAAUAUCGUGUUAUUUCUAAUCCAUUUUACUGAUCAUUUUCCACCGUUCACGUGGCUCAACAUCGUAGUACACCUAGGACGAGGAAAACAUGACGUUGGUUACCUGUUUUUAUUACUAACUUGUCAAUCACGUACAGAUUUAUAUAAUUAGCUUUUAGUCACAGUCAAAGUGUGGUAGGUAGUGGUACUACUCGGUUGCUCAAACCAUAAAGCUUGGGGGUGAGUUCGGACCUGUGACUUAGUGACUGAAGGUCGAAUACAUUAACUAUCGGUACAGAUUAGUUGACUAGAUAACAUUUUAUUUAUUUAUUUCUAUUUAAACAUAAAUAUUGGUACA